UGGAUGUGACAAGCAGAGGGGAUGAAAGCUUUCAGCUGAGCUGUUGCUUAGGGAAAUUGGGGGAGGGAGAGACAGGGAGGUGUGUCUCUGUGUGUGGCUUCUGCCCCCACCCCUUAAGAGAUUGCUCUAUUCUCUCCAUAGAGCCUCUCUGACCACACAAUUGGCAAAGACCUCCAGAGCGCGAGGACAGGUCAAAGGCAACCAGUUUCAAUGCCAGCUUUCCCAUGGUGCCUGCCCAGCAACCUCAGCCUUGACAUGAAAGGAUGACAGGGGCACGAGAGUAGCUUGUCCUCCUUAAUCAGUUCAGUCCUUAUCCUUGACUACCACUGUUGCUGAAGGACAUUGUGCUGUAACCGCUCAACAACUGCUUUUCCACUGGAGACUUGAAAGCUGGACCCUGACCACAGUGACAGGGGAGGGAUAACAAUUGCAUUUCCUGCUAGGACCAAGCUUGAACAGCUACAAGAACACUCACCUAUUGCUUCCAGGAGACAAGAGACUUCAUUGGGUUGACAGUUGCCCUCCUUUUGCAAAGGAUCCCUUGAGUGUAGGCUACAGAACAUGACAUUGUUACUCCUUCCCUAAAGCCUUGACUCCUGGAAACCAUACUGGCCACCUUUACAAGCCAGCCUGGGAAGGGAUGCCUGCAAGGCAACAUUACUGAUGCCACAGAGAAACAGAGGGAUGAGGACUCGUCUGGGCUGCCUGUCUCACAAAUCAGACUCAUGCAGCGACUUCACAGCUAUUCUUCUGGACAAACCCAACCGGGCACUGAAAAGAUUAUCAACAGAAGAAGCUUCAAGAUGGGCAGACUCCUUUGAUGUCCUCCUGUCCCAUAAAUAUGGAGUGGCUGCAUUUCGCGCCUUCCUGAAGACAGAGUUCAGUGAGGAAAACUUGGAAUUCUGGCUGGCCUGUGAGGAGUUCAAAAAGACGCGAUCAACUGCCAAACUUGCUUCCAAGGCCCAAAGGAUUUUUGAAGAAUUCAUUGAUGUGCAAGCCCCACGAGAGGUGAAUAUAGACUUCCAGACACGGGAGAUGACGAGAAGGAAUAUACAAGAGCCUUCACCAUCAAGCUUUGACCAGGCCCAAGGGAAAAUUCACAGCCUUAUGGAAAAAGACUCUUACCCCAGAUUCCUGAGGUCCAAAAUGUACACAGAUCUGCUUUCUCAAACCCAAAGGAGGCUCAGCUAGAAUGGGAAUGGGGAGGGCUCCUUAGGCACCAUGAGCUUCCUGCACCUGCCAAAUCCAUUUCCAUAUGUGAAAUUAAGUUCAUUGGGGUAGAAUGAGCGGGGGAAUGGAAGCAGCAUGGAGAAAUGGGGGAAGGCUGUGUAUGUGUGGAAAACACGUCACGACAGGAAUCCAAUGCUCUCUUUGGAUCCUAGUUUGUGCAUGUGCAUGUCUAUGUUUUUAACAGAAGCACACGUGCACAUAUAGCAUUAAAACCCCUUGCCACUGACACUCUUUUCAGGAGCAUAAAAUUAAGUCUCCAUUUUAUGCUGAAAUCACCUGUCAUAAAUCCAGGCUUCCUAAAAUUGUACCAUGCCAGGCUAAUCUGUCAAUAAUUGUCUGUGCUGGCCCACAGGCAGCUAAAGCAGAUCCAAACUGGGUACUUGGAGGAUCAGAGGCUGACAACCUUGUGGCUUAUCACAAGGGCUAUCGUUCUAAAGAUAAGAAAGUUCUGGAUUCCAGUGCAGACCAACCCUGACAAAAGGUUCCACAGCACAUCUGUCCUGUACAUUUGGAUGGUUGCUAAGAUAUUGGUGUUGUAAGGCAGGUUAAGAACUGCUAUCCACUUGAACAGCAUUCUGAUGAGUUGCUGGUGCUAGGUGCAAGAGAGUUAAUGUGGUGACAUAAUUCACAGGAUUUGGGCUAGUUCCAAGUUAAAAUAGAAUACUACUGCCAGCUCCCCUUCCAUGGAUUUGUUGUUCAUGUGACCAUGAAGCAGCCCUCUGCCUCUUCUUCCCUGUAUAAAACAAUCCAAAUUGCAACCAGUACUAUUUUUGCAUUUGAAACAAAGCAUGGGCAUGGGUGUGUGUGUGUGUCUCCUGCCUUUAUUCUGUAAAUUAGGGUGUUUCUUUUCUUUUUUAUUUAAAUGACAUGCAGAGACAGGAAUUGGAAGCAGGGGUGGGUGGAAAUGCUCACCAACCCAUCCACCCCCAGAAUCUGCAGCCGAAGUGACUGCUUCAUAUUGCUUCAUGGUAAGGCUGGCCGCAGCUUCAAGAAGGAACUCUAAAUACGCUUUUCAUAUCACAGUGGAAAGAAGUGAAGGUCCUUCUGUAAAGGGACAAACUGAAUGUCUCUUCAAAUAGAAGCUUGAUUUCCCCCCCUUAAUUAAUAUGGCUGGCUCUGCUAUGGGACAAGUGAAGCAACUGUUCAGGCUGGUAAGCUUCCAAAAAGGCAUAGCAAAGCUGGAGAAGCUGACUGCAGGGAGAACUUGGGAGGCAGGGGCUGGAAGUGGCAAAAUGCACUUUUGUCUGGACUAACUUGUUCUGCUAAUAGGUCUCUCUGGGAAUGCCUGUCGAGUGGGGGCUGGACCUGUUAUAUUAAUGGUCAACUAGCAAGGAGAUCACAGAAUAGGCCCAUCACCUGAACACACAUGAUGUCUUGUAAAGAAUGAGUAGGACAAAGUAAUUAGCAGGUUGCAACUCAGAAGUCAUACCCAUCUCUUUAACAGCUCCACGUCAGCAAAGCCGGAUGCUGUUGCUGCUCCUCUUUCCCUUUGCUCAUCCUCUUCACCCACUAGAACAACUUGAACUCUCAUUUUGCCCCCCAGAAGACUGGGGGAAGAGUGAGACAGGAAAAACCGCAGCCUCAUCCUCUUUUGCUGCUGCAGAACUGAUAGAGAGACAGGUGCGAUUACAUGUCAGCCUGGCAAUCCUAAGGAUCUAUUUACAAUACAAACGUAAACGAGCUUACCAGUCAUUCCCUCUUCUGUAGUUUGGUGGGGGAACCAGUUUAGAUACCAUUAACAAAUGUUUACAACCCACCCUACAAUCAAAUAACAACUUCCAGGAUCCCUCAGGGGAAGACAUGACCAUUAAACUGGUAUAAAUCAAUAUAAUGUAAACAGGCCCUAAUUGUGAUACAGAUGGGAAAUGACAGGAAAGGAAAGGGAGGCUACUCUGCUGUUAAGGUUGCCCCCUCCAUAUGGAGGGACUGGAUUUUUGUCCCUUGAAAAGCUCCAGAAUUACAUAGAAACAGGACAGGCUCAGAUCUCUCCAGUUGCUCCUCCAUUACAUGUCCUCCCCCCCACACCAGCUGCAAUAUGAAGCCCCACAUAUUCAAGUGGGCCAGAAGAGGGUAGGGAAGUAAAGUGGUGCAGCACUAAGCUUCUGUAGAAUUCUGAAGCUCUUAAAGGAACAGGAGCCCCUGCCAAGCCCAGAAGUGGCAACCCUACCAACAUGCCAAACACAAAUUACCAUUCUUCCACUUCCAUGCAUCAGUGGGUAAAAUGGCACCAAUGGCACUGAACUCCACCAUUAUAUUAUUUAUGAUGAUAAUUUAUUGUUGUUAUUUAUUGACCAAUGCUGGUGCUCUGCAACCAUAAAAGGGCACGUGGGCCCUGACCUAACAGACUUGCUUAUGCGGGGCGGGGAUUCCAAAUGAAAAUCCAAGUCUUGAAGCUGUGAGUGCAAGAGUAUGUAUAUAUAUUAGAUUUUAUGAAGCAUAUAUCUGUCUUCUCAAAAUACAGCAGCAUGCCCAAUUAUAUGUAUAUAUAUGCAUAUGUCAUAUUUUAUUACCUAAGAUACACAGCUUAAAACAGACAUUGUGUAGACAUCUGCUGUGUCAUAAUGUUACCGGGCUCUGCAGAAGAAAAUUAUUUCACAGCAGACUCAGUGUUGGGGUGGGAUUUUCUUUUUUGGUUUCAAGGGAAAUCAUUCACACACACACACACACACACACACACACACACACACACACACACACACGAGAGGAAACUGGGUUUUAAAACUAAAAAGGCACAAGCUAGGAAAAAUGCAUACAUAUCAGUGAUAUCAAUGGGUACUGUGUCCCCCAAACAUGAGGCAUAGAAAACAAAAGGUUAUAAGCUUGGGUAUGAUGCUGAGCUAAGGGUGGGGCAGUAGGUUGGCAUUCAGCUGCAGAAUUUCUGUAUUCAAAAAUCUGCACUCUCCUAGCAUCACAUGGGCUGUACAGAUUCACCUGAUGAUGACUCUGCAUUAAAUACACUGCAUUAAAAAUGACGUCUGGCAUUAGCAGGGAGCAUGAGAGCAGCUGAAUCAUAAUGGUCUCAGUUUACCAGGCAAAUUGCCAGUUGAGAAGCCCAAAUGACCUUCGUUUUUUCUAGCUUAGUGGCUGAAGGUGCAUCUACAUUGGAACUUCCAAACAGCACAGGCAUACUAAGCAAGAAGUAUGAUGGCCCAAGACAGCCAGAGGUAGAUGAUUCAUACAAUACUCAUUAUGAUGGUAUACAUCUAAAUAAUUGACUAUUUGCUGCCAUUUAACCGUACUCCCAGAUCUGCUGCUUGAGGUAGCCCACUGCAUCCUGGCUAAUGGUAGACCAUUAGCCUACCAUUAAUGCUCCUUUGUGGGAGGUCAGACAAAGUGGGGGGCAGUGCAGGUUGAAGCAGUAAGCAGAUGUAGAUUGCAGAGACUGGACAUGCACAGGAUGUUCAUCUGCCCCCUUCUCAAAACAACUGUACCCUGAGAAGGUACAGGAGAUUUGCCAGUAGUAAAUAGGUUUCUGAGCAGUUGUGUUUACUGGCAGAGGCAGUUUCAAAGGUCUGUUAAGAUGGAUGCAGUGCCUCCUGACACUUUAGAGUUUAUCACAUUGCUGCAGAAUUGUGUGAUGUAGUUUUUCCUGAACUGUUAUACAGUACAAUUCAGAGGGAGGAAUUAUAUAUUUGAAUACUUUGUCAUGAAAAAAGAAAGGUCCCAGUUCACAGAAAACUGGCAUGUCAAGGAGAAGUCUAAUUUAGAACCUUUCUCCUUGGUAUGUUUGUUUUCUAUGUGUUUGGAGUAUCUCUCUCUUGCUUUCUCACUCUCUCUGUAGGGAGCAAUUCAAAUAUGCAAUGGUGCAGUCCAGGAAAACUGCACUAUGUGUAUCCGCUGUCUAUGUAGAUUCACUUGAAGUUUGAACUCAGUUACAAUUACCAGUCUGUAGUCUGGAUGGAGUAAUAAACUCAGACACAUUGGUAGUGGUGUAGGAAGCAAAGAUGGAAUGCUUAGUGGGACAUUCUGAAGCUACUUUGGGUUUAGAAUAGUUUUCUGGUUCUCUUGGAGGGUUAGGAUUAGCGGCUUCCAGACAGAAGAUUCAAUGCACCUGAUAUGUGAAGCCAAAUAGGGGCAAAUGCUUAACAAAAUAUCCUGAAGCAAAUUUGUAAAUAUAUACUAACCUAUUAACCUAUAGCAUGUGACAAGGCGGCUUUGCAAAUCACAAUAGAAUUGGUUCUUUUCAUUUCUUUCAGACUCUCCAUAUGCUGCCAGUGACUAAACUAGGCAUUUACAGGGAGAUGGACCAGUAAAAGUUAUUGUGGAUUAGUAAAUGUUGUGGGAUUAUUAGCAAGGCUGUACGAAUGGGCACUAACAUCAUCUUCCUUAUUGCUCUUCAGGCCUACUGCUUUUGUAGUAGACAAGACAAACCCAGCCUUCAUUCUGCUUUGCUAGUAACAUAAACUUUUUCUGCAGAGAUUGUAAAAUCUUUUUGGGCGAAACUGUAUGUGCAUGCAAAGAAACAUGUGCUACAGAAGCGUGCUUCCAACUGGAAGUGCCUCUUUUGUGUGUGUGUCAAAAACAGCCAUGGUGGGGAGCAAACCCAGUUAGGAGAAGGGCUCCCUCUUCCCCUAGACCUCAUUUUCCCACCAAAAAAGACCCCACCCCUGAAGCAGAAAUCACUACUUUGGGUCAUUUUUGGUGGGAAAUGGGGUCCAAGGAAAGAGUGAACCUCCCCGCAUUCCCCAGUCCCAAACAAAUUUACUUGCCUUGGGGGCUGUUUUUGAAAAUAAAGAAAAAGAGAAGCACUUAUGGUUGGAAGCAUGCUGCUGUAGCACAUGUUUGCUUGCACGUGUCAGACUCAUUACAAGCUUUCUGCCUGCAGGCUAUGCUCUUUUAAUCCCAUAGCUCAGAUUACAGGAGAUAAAUUUAAUAAUAUUUGUAAAGUAUAAUGAAAGGAAACUUCUCAUCUGAAAGCUCUGCAAUUAAUUUUGGUCACUGGUUUUGUGUAAGAUCUCUCUCUUGGGAAUAAGAAUAGCCUAACCAUUCUGAGUCAUGUAUAUAAAUAGGGGGGAAAUCGGCAUCCAUUGUGGACUUUCAUGCCAAAAGCACAGCCUCAAAUGUACUAAAAUAGGUGUCCGAUGAAUGCUUUAUUCUUCCCAUAUUAAUAAAUCCAAGGAUAUGGAAAUAGCCUCAUAAUUAUUGCAAGUACUCCAAUAUUCCAUAUCUUUGUAAGAGAUAAGUGUCCUUCCUUUCAUUCAGGUUUUAUGAGCAGUUCAAGGAGAAAAUAUUUUCCAAAAGCUGCAGCAGCUUAUAGCUUAAAACUAAUAAGCAAUUAUAUAAUUUACUCCAUAAUGCACUGGACAUUUGUACAUUACGAACAUUAGUAUCACAUGCAAAUACAAUAAGAGGGCCAAUUUAUGGAGAUAAGGCCUCUUUAAAAGCACUCAUCCCUUCAAGGUUCCAUGCAGGCCAUUAUCUCAUUUAAAGGGUUCUUAACUUGCACACUGCCCUCUUUGUCUGCAGAACCUAGCCUAGCCUACAUACAGGAUAGGUUCCCUCCAGGCCAGUUUGUUGCUGUGUGAACUCUGCAUAUGAAAUGGGUGGAGCAUGAGAGGAGAGUUCUUUAAACAAGAUGUCACACCACAUGGAACCCUGCAAUGGGUAAGUUCAGAUGAAGGGGUGGUGCGGGGAAGCUCUGGAUUGCUUCUCAGUAACUCCAGCGGAAUACCAUGCAACAGAGUAACUGGAAUGCACUUUGGGGUAUGGCUGAAAGCAGCAAGAGUAGGAAGAAUUUGCCUCCAGCCCAAAAGCAUCCCCAAGUGAACCAGAACCUCCUUACUUUCUGCCAUAUAACUAAAUGGCUACCUACCAUUUAUCAUAUAGAGAAAAAUAAAUCACUGCACUAAGGGACAGUGGUGUGUGUGUGUUUGUGGUGGAUGGGCAAAAUCUGUCCAUCCUCUUUAAUGACCUAGUCUUCACUAGGGGUGCGUAUGAAUCAAUUUUUGCGAUUAUAUUCGUGCUUGAAUCAAAUUGCAUAAAACUUGAAUAGAUUUGUUGAGAACAGCCGGCUUGGCUGGAUGCCUUGACGGAUCAACCUUUAAUCACUAAAAUCGCUUCGAGUGAUUUGAACGCCAUUUUAGGUCCAUUUUUCUGGGGGAAAUGGGCCUCAAAAUGGCACUUUCCCCCAGGGAGAGCUGUCCUACAAACUGGGAUCGGUGGGUAGACUAGCCCACCGCUCUGGAUUUGGCACGUCAGCCCACCUUGGAGGACUGGUCUAUUCAGAUAGACCGGAGCAGAGGGCUGGUCUACCCACUGAUCCCAAUUUUUGGCCAGCUAUCCCUGGAAAAAAUGGCAUUUUGAGUUCUGUUUGCUCAACAAAACAGGCCUCAAAAUGGCAUUUGAAUCACCCAGAUUGAUUUGGAAUGAAUUGGGGGUGAUUCUCUGACCCUGAAUCAAGCCUUCUAUUUUGAGGGCAAUUCGAUUUGGUGUCGAAUUUGCAAAUCACCCCCGAUUUGACCCAAAUUGAUUUGAGGACGGAUUUAUUUGCACACCCCUAGUCUCCACUGAGAGGGAUUCUAUUGUGUGUGUGCUAUGUGCACAGAGCAUGUGCCCAAAAUAUCUCUGUGUGCCAAAUGCCCAGAGAUUUACUGUAUCUCCUCAGCAAUGUCUUCAAUAUAUAUGCCCUCCCACACACAUAUAUAUCCAUCAUCAUGAUGAGCAAUCCACUAGUCACUUUAUAUAGUCCGGCUUUGUGAUAUUACAAAGUCCUCCACUGCUUAGAUGCUAGACAUCAUAAGGUGGGCGAGGGAAUCCUUAAACAUAAAAAAUGCAAGGUUAAAAGCAACAAAAAGAUUGCAAGAUAUGAGGGAUUGUCUUUUAGUAUUCCAGUCGCGAAGGUAAAAGUUCAGCAAGAAUGAACAUGACUGAAUCAACAUAUCUUUAGAAAUAAUCCAUUGUUUCCAGCAUAGUAUGGUUUUUUGUGUCUUAGGCUAUACAUAUUGUAGAAUAAUACAUAUCAAUAGGAUGUUACCUUGCAUUUUGUUUGUAUCAUUUGCAAUGGGAAUGGUAAAGUUAAGAUAGGCUUCAUAUUAGUCACAGCUGCAUAUCUAUCAAACUGGACUCAAUGUUCCAUGAUACAAUCAUACUAUUAAAAAUAAAAUGUUUACAGCAUAUAGAGCAAUAUCAAAGCAUACCUCAUGCCAGCCCUUGAGUGCCUCUCACUUGUCACUCUCCUUAUUUCUUCUGUGCAUGCACCUUCCUUAAUCCCCCAUCCUUUGAAGAAGGACCCCAACACUUUUCAUACUGACUCCCCUUGCCAUUGCCAGAAACCACCAAAGCUGGGCAGCUACUCUGUGCUCAUGUGUAUUCAAAAAGCACCACUAAGGAUAGCCACAGACCUGGUGCAAACCCAAAAUCCCCUUCCUCAUAAACAUUUGAGGCUGCUUGAUAUUGAGUCAGACCACUGGUCCAUCUAGCUUGAUAUUGAUGACACUGACUGGCAGCAGCUCUCCAAGAGCUCAGAAAAGGGUCUUUUUUGGCCCUGCCUGAAGCUGCAGGAAGUCAUGAAAUGUGCAGGAGAUCAUGAAGUGGGUGGCUUGAGUAUCACAAUAGUGAGUGAGUAGGGUAUUCUGUUGGAGAAAAAGCUGGACUCUUGCCCAGAGCAGCCAACAAAACCUGAGCCUACUCUGUUUCCCUUAUACAUUGGGUAUUUAAUUUUUACAUCUCUCAACUUCCCAGAGCAGCCAACAAAACCUGAGCCUACUCUGUUUCCCUUAUACAUUGGGUAUUUAAUUUUUACAUCUCUCAACUUCCCAGAGCAGCCAACAAAACCUGAGCCUACUCUGUUUCCCUUAUACAUUGGGUAUUUAAUUUUUACAUCUCUCAACUUCCCCUUCCUUCUGCAUGCACAUACUUCUACCAUAUGCCAUCCCACACACUGCUCUAUUAUCCUCACACCUCUGUCUCCUCCAAGAUACCCAGAUGGGGAUGCCCUUGCACCAGGUGUCCACUCUUUGCAUUAAUGUGGGGUGAAAAAAGCCUAGUGGAAUCCCCCUAGAGCACACACUGGUUUAUUUAUAGUAAUAUAAUAAAUUAAUUAAUUAUAAAUAACCUGUAAUUGCUGUUGAAGUAAAAAGCAACACCUUAUUUCUAAAUCAAUACUUGCCCUCGAUAACACAGGCUGGCUGGUAUUUUAAGUGUAUUUGCUUACCGGGGAUUUAUAACAAAAAGCAGUCAUUCUUGGGAUUAGGAAUCCAAUUCCUUCUCUAGGGCCCUUCAAUGGGACCAGGAUGAAUCUCAGAAGUGUGAUUCCACACUUCCUGUGUAGUGACACCGCAGUCCCUAUGGGGACAGCAGGGUGCCGUUUACAUUUCCAAUGCCUUGUUGUGAAUUUAAUAGCUGUGAUAUAGAGCAAGGACGUCCCAUAUCCAGUGUGAAAAAGUUGCUGUUUUUUCACGUUGUUAGUUGUUGUGCAACUGCUCCCUCUGCUGUUUACGGCCCCAAUGCGACUUGCCCGAAUGGAGGCAGCUAGUUUGGAAAGCGCCCAGGGCAGAGGCAGAACAUAGAGCGAUGAGACCACCUAACAACAGCCGUACCUAUAUAAGGAGCCUUGGUUUGUGACUAACCCUAGGGCAUAACAGAAUCUAGAAAAGUAGAUUCAGAGCACAUUCAGGCUGUUUGCCCUGUUCGGGCAAUAUGCACAGGGGUGAUAUGUCAGUAUCUGGAGUUGUUAGGAAACAGCAGCCAGGAGCAAAUAAUAACUAUGUGCAACUGAAUAACUUAGGCAACUUUGUCAAUGCAAGCAUAGACAUAAUGGAGAGCAAUAUAAAGAAUUAGGAAUACAUUAUUGUAUUUAGUUAAGGAAGAAUUGGGAAUAUAUUGUAUUCUGAGUGAAAUCCAGUAUAUAUAUAUUCCUAAUUCUUUACAAAAUGUACUGCUAACUCUAGAAGGCCCUGCUUAAAACCUGGGCUCUGCAAAUCCUAAGGCUGUUAUUCACCUGUCCCCAUCUCACUCUCAGUUGUUACCAUAUGUUGGCUUUUUCAUGUCUGCCAUUGUCCUUUAACAUAUUUACUUCAUCUGUACUAUAUCUGUCACUUGUGCUAAACAAUAUAUGCCAGUCUACUUUUUUAAAAUGCUCAUUGCACCAGACCAAUUCUCCUUAGAACCAAUUUGGCAGGUCUUUUCUUGAUAUGUGAGAUGACCUCUAUAGAUUUUCCUGUGCGUACUGCAUAUGCCUUCUCUGAAUGAGAUUGAUGUGCCUGAUUUAACAGAAUGCGUGUGACUGGCUCACUGAGUGACCUGGGCGGAUACCAGUCUGCAGUUUAUGAGUUUGUCUACAGGUCACCUUAUUCACACAAGAUGUUUGUGCAUGUAGGAUGGUAGAAAGAGAGAUCUGUGGAAGUCAGCCUAUGUAGUAUGAGAACUAUCUUUUCUAAAGAUUGUAGGUGACUUGCAUAUAAAAUGACAAACUGAAAGAAUCAGGCUGGUCAGUCAUACAGAACAGACAAAGCUUUAAAAUAGCCCAUUUGGGAAUCAUCCUGAGUGGGUGCUGAAUUUCUUUGGCUAGUUUAAGAUUGCUACCAUAAGGAUAUCCUAGAAUAUUUGUCUAGCACACAACACAUGCAGCUAUAUAAGAUAGCAUAAGUGGGGGCGUGGGGAACCAUAACCCUGAGAAACAGAACAGGCAUUGCAUAUUGCUACAGCCAUAUUGGUUCUUGGACUGUUUUAAACUGAAAGCAGUUUAAAAUGAGAUAUGAAAAAAGCUGUUUCUAAAUAACUGCUAACUGAGCUUGUCUAUGCAUGCAAAGAAAUCACCUGAUGCAGCCUACCUACUAGGACUGUACCGGUUCAGAUUGUAGGUGGGGAUCAGGUGUUUUUAUUUACCCCUGUGUAAAGACCUUCCUGCAUUUAGAAAAAUUACACAUCAGGGAGCAGUCUAGCUGGAUCUCUUCUCUUUUUGUCUCCAGUGAAUAUUUUAUUUGGGGAGCAUUCAAAUAUUUUAUUCCUCCCUUCAGUCCAACGCAGAACAGUCCUAAGAUUGCUGAAACAGGUGUAGAUUGGCCUUAGCUUUUCACACGUAUCUUGGACUCUCAUUAUUCACAUGUUGCUUGCUGCUUUGUUACAACCCAUACAAACUCAUUUCUGAUCACAAAUCUAUCCUAUAAAGAGCAACAUCACCACUUAGCAUCUCUGCACCCUCUUGGUAAGUUUUGUCUCUCUUGGUGCUGUGUACACUUGCAUGAUCAAAGACUUCUGGAUCAGAGAUUCAUAAUGAAAGCAUAUUUUGGAAAACUCUAUGCCAGCUGUAUGCUUUGUUUCAUCACACAGCAGUCUUGGAAUUGCUUCCCAAACAAUUCAAGCUCAUCCUUUCUAUUGUAGCUGUUCCCCACCCACUCUAUGCAGAGCACAAGCAAAGAGAGAGAGAGGGACUGGAGCUUUCUUUACUUCCAUUUUCCUAUUAGAUUAGGAGUCAUUAGCUGCUGUCUUGAAGUUACUGCUGUGCUUCCUUUUUAGCUUUGUAAUGGAAAAAAUAAGAAGAAAAGUAUGUCUGUAUAUAUUUAGCUGUGUUAAACUAGCCUAGUAAAAUUGAAUCAUUUUUGCUCAAUGCCUUCCAUCAGCUUUUCUACAUCACUGUAUCACGAAUUCAAGACUGUGUGCAAUAAAACUCAGCUGGGAACACAA